AUGUCUGAACAAAAGCAAGAAAACAAGCCAGCUGAAGAGUCCAAGCCAGCCGAAACUCAGACUUCUUCCACUUUGAAUUCCUUUUCUGGAACUCGGACUCCUCCUACUUCCAAUGUCUUCUCUAUGUUCGGUGGAAAGAAGAAGGAAACUGAAACUUCUAAGGAAGACAAGGAAGCUGAGGUCUCCAAAGAAUCUGAAGCCUCCAGCGAGCCAAAGGCUGACAAAGAAGAGGAGCCAGAAUCACCAGAUAUUCAUUUCGAUCCUAUUGUCAAACUAGAAAAAGUGGAAGUGAAAACACUCGAAGAGAAUGAGGAGGUAUUGUACAAAGUUCGUGCUAAGUUGUUCCGUUUUGACCAAGAAGGUAAGGAAUGGAAGGAAAGAGGUGUUGGAGAUGCUAAGUUCUUAAAGAACAAGGAAACUGGAAAAGUUCGUCUUUUGAUGCGUAGAGACAAGGUUCUCAAAGUAUGCGCCAAUCACUUCAUUUCCCCUGACUUCACCUUGAAGCCAAACGUCGGUUCAGACCGUUCAUGGGUUUACUCAGUAACCGCCGAUGUUUCUGAGGGUAAGCCAGAAGCCCAAACUUUUGCCAUCCGUUUUGGUAACAAGGAAAAUGCUGACGGAUUCAAGAAGGAAUUUGAGAAAGCUCAAGAGAUUAACAAGACCAAAUAA